CAGCACGGAAGGAGAAAGCAUUGAAUUGGGUCACGUGUGGUGACCCAGAAGGGGGCGCCGAGGUGCACGAGGCACAGAACGGGUGCAGGGUCGCUACGGCAACAGAGUGAGACGGCCACGCUGUUGUCAUAUGUGCAGCGUUGGAAAGUUACAUGCCGGCAGACAGCACUUGGUACAAACCUCCAUCUACAGAAAACAACCCUACUUUGGAAGACCCCACACCAGACUACAUGAAUCUAUUGGGAAUGAUUUUCAGUAUGUGUGGCUUGAUGCUGAAGCUGAAGUGGUGUGCCUGGAUUGCUGUCUACUGCUCAUUCAUCAGCUUUGCCAACUCUAGGAGUUCAGAAGACACCAAACAGAUGAUGAGCAGCUUCAUGCUGUCUAUCUCCGCUGUGGUGAUGUCUUAUCUGCAAAACCCCCAGCCCAUGUCUCCGCCUUGGUGAAAGGAUAACCCCUCUCCAGAGAGCCUUUUUUAGAGCAGAGGUGCAAUUCCUUUUGAGGAGAGGGGACUUUUUCUCAGGCAACGCAGAUCCAUUUGCACAAGCAAAAUCUUGCAAAAUUUGGGAGGACUCAUUUUUCUGUGUCUGUAAAGUGAUGAUUAUUAAAAGAUACUUUGGCUACAAUGCCAAAUUGUC